CACCGGAUGUGGACCACUGCUCUGUGGUUAUACUGCUAGUCAUCAUAACAACUUAAAAAACCAACGUGAGCAGGCGCUUUGACUUUUUAUUACUUUUAUUUUGAAAGUCACGAAACCGGAACUACUAUCAUAUAACGUCCGGUUAGCUUGACACCGAGUUUUCCAGGAGCUGCGGACCGGCAGAGCGGAGGGACCGCGGUAGUUUUCCAAUGCUCGGGAGUCGGGAAACAGGAACCGCGGACAGCGGGGAGGCGGCUGCCGGACCGUCGGAGCCGCUGGACCGGGCACAGCGCAGGGAGGAGACGCCGCCCGGCCGAGCCGGGUGUCGUCUCACCGGCCUGGUCAACUGGAAGCAGAGACCGUGCAGGACUUCAGCCCUGUUCGCUGCAGCCAACACGGUGUUCUGGUUUGUGGCCUUCAGCUCUCUCCGAGCCUACAGCCUCCUGGCCGUGCUGCUCGCCCUGCUGGUCGUCACGGUGACCGUCAGAGACGUCGCUCGAUCCAGAUCCACAGGAGCUCACUUAUGGCGGCGCAUGACUACAAGCUGGGAGAUCAUCAACUCGGGCCAGGAGAGCCGGUCUGGGACUGGACCUCAGCUCGGCGACUCCCUCAGGCUCUUCCUCCAGGAGACGUCGGCUUUCAAACAGCAAAACCCGGGCAAGUUUUGCCUGCUGGUUUGCAGUUUGUGCACUUUCUUUGCUGUCUUAGGACGCUACAUUCCAGGGAUUGUUAUCUCAUAUAUUUUAGUGCUGGGCCUUUUCCUGUGGCCUCUGAUUUCAUCUCAGGAGGUUGGUCUGUGGCUGGAGCCAGUUCUGCAGAAGCUGGACUUUGGCGUUGGGGACUUCCUUCAGAAAAUCAAAGAGAACCAUGAGAGGAGAGUCAUGCAGGCCCAGACCGAGAAGGAGGGCAUCGAGUCGGACCUCUCCUCCAUGUUUCCCAAGCUCGACUCCACAGCGUGUAAGGAGAUGUCUGUGUCGGACACAGAGGUGUCGGACGUGACGUGGACGGACAACGGGACUUUCAACCUGUCAGAGGGACACACACCGCAGACGGAGAACUCAGAGGACUUCGACAGAGAAGAAGCCUUCACUGGUGGUCUGCCAGAAUUCCCUUCACUUGACAACGGCGCAACGACCAACGGCGACGACGACGACGACCUCAGCCUCGGCCUUCCCUCGCCUCCACCUCAGUCCCAGGAGCCAUUCAAAUCCAAGCACACACCCUCUCUUCACAAAGACCAACCGACCAACAAAGUCCUCGAUUUAGUCAACCAGAUGGCGGGCGACGUCAUCACCGCCGCCGUCACAGCCGCCAUACACGAGAGGAUAGAAGCAGCGGUCGACCUCGCGGCGCUGAGCCGCCCGGAGCGGCUCCCAGAAUCCACCAGGCUGCUGGAGCUGGCCGAGGAGUCGGACAGCGAGGUGGAGGACUUUGAGCUGCUGGACCAGUCAGAGCUGGAGCAACUGGAGGGGGAGCUGGGGCUGGGAGAGGAGGAGGCCAAGGCCAAAGAGGAGGUGCAGGCCAAGAGUGACCAGCCAGCCUCCUCGGGAUUCUUCUCUAAACUCAUGAGACGCCACUGAUUGAUGACGAGUGCGGUCGGCAGAGGACGAGGAGGACGGGUUUCCAUUUAUCUCUUUACCCAACAUCAACAUUUCAAAACUGAUCAGGCUGUCAGAUGUGGAGGUGUGAGUGACGUCACUUUGGUCAGAAGCCACGUGCCGAGAUCAGAUCACACGAUAUCAGCCGGAUCAGAUCCUGACCCGGCAGACGUGCCAUCAUUGGUCAUUCCUUCUCUCACCGAGUUUGACCACGCAGAAGACAUGUCCCGUGCUGUUUCCUGCCGCCGUGCGCACACGAAGCCAAAACGUCCCAGAUGUGAGCGUCAGUGACCACCAUGAGAUUCAGAAACUGGUGUAAUCUGAUCCCGGCAGGUGGUUUAAAGACUGAUCAGUUGCUGUGGUUACAUUUGUCUUUUCAAAACAACUUUUAUCAUGCGGUCACGUUUCACGGCGAGGUCAGUUUAGCGUAGAUGGUCCUAACACGCUGUUUGUUGAAGGCUGAUGCUGUAACACAGCUGGAAGAUAAUCCACACACUUUGCUGGGAACUUUUUACUUCCUGUAGCUCAACACAGAUGAAACGUCUUCUCAUGUUGUACAUGUUGAUUAGAAAUGCUGAGUAGGGGAUUAAAAUAAAGUGAUAGCAAUCAAACUGAACCGUUCACAAUUCAUAAUAAAGAUAAUAAUAACUUAUACUGAAAAGGACUUAAACAUUCCCAUGCAAA